UGUCAGUCAAUACUUAUGUAUAUGGAGGAAUCGUCAUUGGAUCCCAUGCAUGAACACGGAAACCUGGGCAAUGGGAUUAUUUUUGGUAAUUUUUUUUAUUCUAUUUUAUUUUUCUGAUUAUUAUUUUAUCGUUUACUAUUUAUUUAUUUAUUUAUUACGGAGUCUUUCCUCUGGCAUAAAAAAAUGCAAGGGGGGCAGUGAUCGGAUGCUCCUGUGGCUUAGAGAAACCCUACUUCAGGCUCUCUUUUCUCGUACUCUCUCUCUCUCUCUCUUAUUUGCGCAAUAACAAAUAAAAAAUAAAUCCAACCCAACUUUUCUAUAAUAACAGCACAUCUUAAGUUAUGAACAGAAAAAUAGAAAUACCCAAACAUAAACAAAAGGGCCCUUUCGGUUCCUCCGCCAUCAGCUUACUCGUCUCUUCCCUCUUUUCUCCCCCCACGGCCCACCAAAAGACAGACGAAUGUUGUCUCAAGUCGAUCAAUAACCUAUUGAGGAAUAUCCUCGAGUCAUCCCUUGGGUACCUGGGAAAAGUAUCAGGUAAAGGAUUAAUAUUGUUUGUUGGUGGUUUUAUUCUCCGGGUUAACCCAAGGUUGCCACCCCUCCUGUUAUUAAGGGAAAAAAAAAAAAAAGAAUAAAAAAUAAAA